CAGUAGUUGCAUCCAGUGAGCAGCAUCAGAUCCCUAUAAUUGCUGUAUGUGUUACUGUGGGAGUGAUUCUUUUGGCUGUUGUAAUUGGUUUCCUUCUCAGCGGAAGGCGGUGUGGCUAUAGCAAAGCUAAACAAGAUCCUGAAGAAGAAAAAAUGCACUUUCAUAAUGGCCACAUUAAACUACCAGGAGUAAAGACCUAUAUUGAUCCACAUACCUAUGAAGACCCUAAUCAAGCUGUCCAUGAAUUUGCCAAAGAAAUAGAAGUGUCAUACAUAUCAAUUGAAAGAGUUAUUGGAGCUGGUGAAUUUGGUGAAGUAUGCAGUGGGCGCUUGAAACUUCCUGGGAAAUGUGAGUUGCCGGUGGCCAUUAAAACCCUGAAAGUGGGCUACACUGAGAAACAAAGACGGGAUUUCUUGGGAGAAGCAAGCAUAAUGGGGCAAUUUGAUCAUGCCAACAUAAUACACCUGGAAGGCGUGGUAACAAAGAGUAAACCAGUCAUGAUUGUAACUGAAUAUAUGGAAAAUGGAUCUUUGGAUACAUUUUUAAAGAAGAAUGAUGGGCACUUUACUGUAAUUCAAUUGGUUGGUAUGCUCCGAGGAAUAGCUUCUGGGAUGAAGUAUUUAUCUGACAUGGGAUACGUACAUAGAGACUUGGCUGCCAGAAAUAUCCUAAUCAAUAGUAAUUUAAUGUGUAAAGUGUCAGACUUUGGACUUUCUCGAAUUCUUGAAGAUGAUCCUGAAGCUGCUUACACAACAAGAGCCCAAACCUUCCGCAAAUUUACCUCUGCCAGUGAUGUCUGGAGCUAUGGGAUUGUGAUGUGGAAAGUAGUGUCCUAUGGAGAGAGACCAUACUGGGAGAUGACCAAUCAAGAUGUGAUUAAGGCUGUUGAAGAAGGUUAUCGUUUGCCAAGUCCCAUGGACUGCCCAGCUGCUCUCUAUCAGCUAAUGUUAGAUUCCUGGCAGAAGGACCGAAAUAGCAGGCCCAAAUUUGAUGAAAUAGUCUGCAUAUUGGAAAAGCUCAUUCGGAAUCCCAGUAGCCUGAAAACAUUGGUGAACACAUCAAGCAGAAUUUCAAAUUUAUUAGGGGAACAUAGCCCACUUGGAAAUGGUGUCUACAGAUCUGUAGGUGAAUGGCUGGAAGCCAUCAAAAUGGGACGGUACACAGAGAUUUUAAUGGAAAAUGGAUAUAAUUCCAUGGAUGCUGUGGCUCAGGUGACACUGGAGUGA